GAUGGAUGUGUCGAUUGCCCUGCUGCUGUUCAUGGCCGUCACGGCCUAUCUGCUCUGGUUCACCUUCAUCUCCCGGACGCUGAAGGGCCCCCGUGUCUGGCCCCUAUUGGGCAGCCUGCCAGGCCUCAUCGAGAACGGCGACCGGAUGCACGAGUGGAUCGCCGACAACCUCCGCGCCUGCGCCGGCACCUACCAGACAUGCAUUUGCGCGCUCCCGCUCCUGGCCCGGAAGCAGGGCCACGUGACCGUCACGUGCGACCCGAGGAACCUAGAGCACAUCCUCAAGACCCGGUUCGACAACUACCCGAAAGGCCCGACUUGGCAAGCCGUGUUCCACGAUCUGCUAGGCCAGGGGAUCUUCAAUUCGGACGGCGACACCUGGCUCUUCCAGCGGAAGACGGCUGCGCUCGAGUUCACCACCCGGACGCUGCGCCAGGCCAUGGCUCGCUGGGUCAACCGGGCCAUCAAGCUCAGGUUUUGCCCGAUUCUCGAGCGGGCUCGGGUCGAAGCCCGGCCGGUUGAUCUCCAGGACCUCUUGCUCCGGCUCACUUUCGACAACAUAUGCGGCUUGGCUUUCGGGAAGGACCCGCAGACCCUCGCGCCGGGGCUGCCCGACAACAGCUUCGCGGCGGCUUUUGACCGAGCCACCGAAGCCUCGCUGCAGCGGUUUAUAUUGCCCGAAGUCCUGUGGAAGCUCAAGAAAUCGCUCGGCCUAGGGCUGGAGGUCAGCCUGAGCCGGAGCCUUGUCCACGUGGACGAGUACUUAUCCAGCAUCAUCAGUACACGUAAGCUCGAACUGAUGAAUCAGCAGAAAGACAGCCACCCCCACGACGACUUGCUCUCUCGGUUCAUGAAGAAGAAGGAAUCCUACUCUGACAAGUUCCUGCAACACGUGGCACUCAAUUUCAUCCUAGCUGGACGUGACACGUCAUCAGCUGCUCUGAGUUGGUUCUUCUGGUUGAUCAUCCAACAUCCGACGGUCGAAGAUGAAAUCUUAAAAGAAAUCUGCACUGUCCUGAUGGAGACACGUGGCGACGACGUGGCCAAAUGGGUUGACGAGCCACUGGCAUUUGAAGAAGUUGACCGGCUGGUUUAUCUGAAGGCGGCAUUGUCCGAAACUCUCCGGCUAUACCCGUCGGUGCCGGAGGACUCGAAGCACGUGGUCGCCGACGACGUCUUGCCGGACGGCACCUUCGUUCCGGCGGGCUCGUCGGUCACGUAUUCCAUAUACUCCGCCGGAAGAAUGAAGUCUACGUGGGGCGACGACUGUCUGGAAUUCCGGCCGGAGCGGUGGCUAUCGGCCGACGGGAAGCAGUUCCAAAUGCACGACCAGUUCAAGUUCGUGUCGUUCAACGCCGGUCCGAGGAUAUGUCUGGGGAGGGACUUGGCGUAUCUGCAGAUGAAGUCGAUCGCCGCCGCCGUGCUGCUGCGCCACCGCCUGACGGUGGUGCCCGGCCACCGGGUGGAGCAGAAGAUGUCGCUCACAUUGUUCAUGAAGUAUGGGCUCAAGGUUAACGUGCACCAAAGGGAUUUAACUGCUGCUCUGGACAAUGCCAGAGAAUCUGGUGGCAAGUGUUAUAAGAGCGGCGCCGGAUUGGGUGGGGAUACGACAGUCGGAGGUGCCUAAAGGCCCGCGGGCGGCGGUGGUUGGUGGUUGGUUUUGUGGAUAGAGCCAUUUACUAUUCAAAACACAGGUUGACUGGCUGGCUGCUGUCUGGUUAUGGUUAUAGAUGCAUUCCAUUUCAUUCAUUAUUAAGAGAGAUGCAGAGUUGGUGAAGAACAGAGAGAGAGAGAGAGAUUACUUUGGUAAAUUCUGGCUUCUUUUGGCCGACGGUAAAGUGGCUCUUUUUUUCUCUGCUUUUUGCACAAAAAUCCUUUUUGUCUAUAAUGCUCGGAUUUUCUAUUUAUUUGAUCCAGUGUAAUUUGGUACUUUUCUCAUUAAUAAUAGGUUCAAUGAUGAAGUUACUUCCUUUUUCCAAUAAAAUUAUUAUUAUUGGUCUUCUCUGUAAUGGCAGCCUAGAUGUUGCUUCCAUUUUAGCUCUCUUCUUUCAUUGUUUUAGGCUCUGC